UCCCACUUCGACUCGGCCACUUAGUGUUGUGGGCGACGAAGUUUGGUUUCUUACUUAAUGAAAUAAAGCAUAUUUUCCAUUUCCCUUUCUUACCAAAAGAAAACGCAUAUUUUCCAUUUCUACUUGCAGCAUUACAAUAUGAAACUUUCUCUGUUAGAAGGUGCAAGCCGCGGUUUUGUUGCUAACUUUCUUCAGAACUAUAUCUCUACUGGGUGUUUAAGUUUAUUGGAAGCAGAAGGCACCGAUCUUACUUUUCAAGGAACUGAUACUAAGAAAUGUUCUCUCAAAGUUGUUCUGGAAAUUCACAAUCCCCAGUUUUACUGGAAGGUAAUGACACGGUCCGACAUAGGUCUUGCAGAAGCUUACAUUGAUGGAGAUUUUUCAUUUGUUGACACUGAUGAAGGUCUUGUGAAUUUUAUCCUUCUACUGAUUGCCAAUAAAGAUUCAAAUGCUAAGAAAAGGGGUUGGUGGAAAGCAUUGUUAUUCACAGCUGGUAUUGCAUCUAUCAAAUUGUUCUAUCAACAUGUUUUAAGGCAAAAUACUCUUACACAGGCUCGCAGAAACAUUUCUAGUCAUUAUGAUGUGAGCAAUGAAGUUUUUGCACUGUUUUUGGGAGAAACAAUGAAUCACUCCACUGGAAUAUUUAAGGUAAAAUUAAGAAAUAUUGGGACUAUAAAUUAGUCAGAUUUUGUCUCUCAUAUAAUCGUAUUUUAGUUUC